AUGGAUUUUAACGAUUUAGUAUUUGCAUGUCCAAAAGCUAGUUACGAUUACAGUCUUUCUGGUUUGUAUUAUAUUGAAGAAGAAGUUCAAUAUCAUCGUAGUCGUUCUUUAAUGCAUUAGAAUUAACUAAAAACAUUUAAUGGUACAAUAAAGGUAACUCUGAAUCAAUUUGAUUCAUAAAGACAAAUAAAUUAAAAUAAGUAAACAAAAAGAAUAGUUACUCUUUUAUAAAUGGAAGAAAAUCUUAGAAAUGGAAUAAUUGUAUAUUUUCAUGCAAAUGCUGAAGAUAUUGGAAUGUGUAAAUCGCUAGCUUUUUUACUUGGUGUUGAAUUGGAAGUAUGUGAAUAAUACUAUAAAGAUGGCAUCUAUUUGUAUGGAAUAUCCAGGUUAUGGAAUAUAUCAUGGACAAUCAUCUAGUGAUACUAUAAUUAAAGAUGCAUAUUAAAUGAUUGAACAUUUAAUUAACAAUCUAAAAGUUGAUGAAUCUAAAAUCAUAAUUAUGGGUAGAUCUAUUGGAAGUAGUAUUGCUAUUGAAAUGAGUAUUAGAUACAAAAAAAUAAGAGCACUGGUUUUAUUAAGUCCAUUUACAUCUUUAUGCGAUGUAAUCAAAGAAAAUAGUUUUGAUUGGGUAUCAAAAUUAGUUAAAGAACGCUUUAGAAAUUUAGAAAAAAUGCAUAAAGUACAUUCUCCUACAUUAUUUAUUCAUGGUAUCAAUGAUAAAUUUAUAUCUUAUUAACAUUCAAUAUAAUUGAUGAGUAAGUGUAGUGGAUUUGUUCAUUUAUAAUUAUUUGAAGGAAUGACACAUAAUUCAUUUUUGAUUGAUUUACAUAUCAUAUCUCCUAUCAGAUAAUUCUUAAUGAAAAUAUAAUCAUGA